CCAACCAUAUACUGCAUUGGCGGCGUCAGCGGCGCCGGCAAGUCGCACCUGCGCAGAAGGAAUCCUGCGCUUGCGCGGCUUGCACUCUUCGACAUUGCAGACGUAUAUGACGAAUACGGACCACUUCAUAGAGAUGAGGCACGAGGCAUCUGGAUGGAUAGGAUCGAAAAGCAGCUGCGCAUGUUCCCGGGCGAGAGCAUCAUCGCCGAGGCCUUUUUCGCGCCCGGCAAGCUGCAGCGGCAGGAAAUCGACGAGCUCGCGCACAUGUACCGCUUUGAUGUGUGGUACAUUUGGUGCCACGCGCCGCGGUACGUGUGUAUGGACCGCGUGGAUGAGGACUACCGCUGCGGCCGAGACGACUGGGAGCGCUUCAACGCUCGUAUGAACUCCCUUCAGGAGCUGCAUGACGGCUACUUCACGGAGCAGGAGGGCGAGUACGAGCCGUACCUGCUUGACCGCACGUGCGCGCACUGCCGCGACCGGCCGUACCAGCCGCCGCUCUGUCAGCACUGCGACGACGUCACCGCCGCGCCCAUCUGUCGCCAAUGUGCGGCCGCCACCGGGGACUGCUUCAACUGCCCGGCCUGUCGCAAGCGGGAGGCGCGGCGGCGGCGGCGGUGGCGGCGCAACGGCGGCGGCGGCGGUGGCGGCGGGGGCGGGUACUACUACAGCGAAGACGGGAGCGGCAGCGGGAGCUAUGACGAUGAUGGGUAUGGCGGGCACUACGGCGGCGGCGGCGGCAGUGGUUACAGCACCGAUAGCAACAGUGAUUACAGCUACUGAGUGUGUGGGUUGGGUGUUGCUGCACGGUGUUGCCGUGAUUACAGCUGUUGAACUGGUUGGGUAGGUAGGUGGUGCGCUGCAGGUGGGUGUGGCUUGGAGCGAUCUGAGCAAUGAGACCGUUUGAAGGGCACCGGAGACUUGGGGCGUGCGAAAGGAAAAGCUAUGGGUGGGUGUACUGCGAGCUAAUAUCAGCUUCGUUGGUGUGUGGCAGGCAGGGCGUGACAUUUUGUGGGAGGCAGGAUGCGGCAGGCGGGGUCCUGCACGCAGGACGCGGCAGGAUGCGGCAGGCGGGGUUCUGCCGGGAGGGUGCGGGGGGCGGGGUGUGGCGUCCAAAAUGUGGGACGGGUAAAGCAGGAUGCAGACGGGUGCAUUGGCUGCUGAGGUGCAGCAGGAUGGAUUGUGGGGAACAGGUCACGGGAACAGGUCGGCACAUGCGUUGAUUUUAUCAGGAAGGGUGAGGCCACGUAUCCGAUUGCAGGGCUGAGGCAUGCGCGCGGUAGGCGGCAGGAGUGCAAAUGGCUGGGUGCGCAAUGUUACAAGAAGCGGGGCAUAAACAACAUUAUUCACGUUGUUGUAUGUAGGUUUGCGUGCAUAUGAGUUGGCGGAUGCAGUCGAGCAAUUGAGCUGGGAAAGUAAGCUGGGAAUGGGCGCAGGUGCGUGCGAGUGGAGCGUGUGCACCGGCAUACCGGAUUUCCUUCGAAUGAUAAGCGCUGCAGUUUUGUGCCGUGGGCACGGAUUGGCUGGAGUAGGCUGGGUGGCUGUCGUUAAGGGGUCUCGUCACGGGGGCACGAGAUUGGUCUUACGGAAACCCUUUUGGCCCAUUUUACUUUACUGAGCCCUGAUGUCUUUAUAACUCCUACUGCUGUAUCGAUUUAACAUGCCC